AUGGCGUCCAUUGCCCGUAUGAAGGCAGUGGGAGCAAAGACACCACAGCCAAUUUCGGCCAGUUUCUCAGCUCCUCCAAUUGAAAAUGCUGUUGGAACACCUGCAAGAUUAUCCACGCUCAGACGUGAUUGCCUGGCUCGGGAUCAUAACCGAUGCGUGAUUACACGGGCGUUCAACCUAACUGAGGCUAUUGAGAGAGAGAAGCAGGACCCUUCAAAUUUCAAAGAUGAUGACGGCCUUCCUUUGGAGCGUGAAGAGUUUGCAUUGCUUGAGGUUGCACAUAUUAUCCCUCACUCCAUCAUGUCAGCAACGAUCGUUGAUGGCCAGCCACAGCUAUUCAGACUCCCAGUGACGCGAACUCUACUCCUCUCGCCAAAUCACACAAUCGAUCCCCCAUCCCCAGAACUACUCGCGCUCCAUCGGCCAAUCGCUAUUAUUCUUCAUCUGAGCGCCGCUGGACAGUACAUUGAGAAGAUAAUCGACGAGCGUGACCAAUUAUGGGCAAGAAACGACGGCUCCACAGAAUUAGGCCACAUUGUUUCCCUGGGUCUGGGUGGCUGGGUGGCUGGGCGGCUGACUGGUUUGACAAGCUGA